CCGCCCUUGUGAGCACGGAGUUUAUCGACGGUCCCUUACAGUCUUUUCUGAUGAAAUCUCUCGUUGUUGUCGCUGCGUUUUUUCUCUGCUAGCCUUCAGUCUGGACCGACAGGAAAAGAGGAACGAGAAAACUUGCCGCUGAAAAGCACUGUCGAAAAUACCACUACUUACACAGCAUACUUCCGCAGAGUUUUUUUUUGUUUCGUACGAGACAUUUCCAUCGAAAUUAUUGUUUUUUGAAAAAGCGACUGAAUGCCGACACGCUAACUCCGUACUCAGCGCUCUUAUCGGAAGAGGAGGGGACCUUCAGCUGGCGCCUUGCUUCAAUAUCGACUUUAAACCUAAAAUAAAACACAAAAAAUGGCUUGCAUAUCGACGUUUGAUUUGGGAUGUGUGGAAUUGAUCAGCUCUAUUAUUAUCACGCCAACGUCCUCUGUUUUUUCUUCUGUUCUCAAUAAGUGUGUGAAUGUGAUGAAUCCUCAAUGUGGAGCUGCUGUGAACAGGAACAUGGCGAGUGCCGGGGACAAUAUGGGCGCCGACUGCCUUCACUGCUGGGUCGCAUGGAGAGCUAACCGGCAGCAUGGCCUUGUUUAAACACUAUGGACACUUUGGGGAUUUAAUGCUAUUACACACGGACAGUAUUCUGACACUUUAUUUGUUUCUGUUUUUCAGUAGCUAAUAUUUAGCAGCACAUGAAGUCACUUCCUAGUUAAAACGCUCCUCCAGCUGGCGCUAGUUCUGACACGUGGAUUUUUUUAUUUAAUUUAACUUCUUAACACUUUUUAGGUUAACAUAUUGAGUAUUAACUGAGGCUUGUAAAAAGGGAGGAAAAAAAACACUUGGUUACUACCUAAGAAGUUACAGGAACGUCAGUUUGUGCCCUGUGUGUGUGUGUGUGUGUGCUUUUUUUUUUUUUUUUUUUUUCCCCAGGAUCACAAUAAUCCUAUUUAGUAUUUUUUGAAUAGUUAAUAUAUAGUAAUGUAUAGAAGUAUGAGCUCUGAGGAAACCUUCUCUAAAAGGGUGUCAGGGCCUGGCACUAGCCUUGAGGUGGGGAAUGACGGCUCAGCAAGCUUCUGGAUCAGUUUGCUGUCAGCAGUGUCGAGGCCCGCAUGGUCGCUUUUUCAGAAAUAUUUGCCUGGAAGAUCGCAGACUUGGUCCAGCGAGGCAGGAAAAUCUAAGCUUGACUUUGGACAACAGCUAAUGACAGGUCUAGACGAGCUCCUGCCUUCUGAACGGAGUUCCUCUCCCCUGAGUGUGGCUUAUGUUCACUGUCAGCAUGGAAACGGCGUCUUUGUUAAUUCAGGAGAUGCAGAAAGUCUGCGCUGGUUAACAGGAGAGACUCUGAGGGAGCUGGGGAUUCAGGACACCCGGAAUACGAACUGCAACGCUCACCAAAGCGCCCCGAUGGAAUUCAGGUACCUGGCAUCGACGAGGAAGUUUCUAAGCCAAGUUCUGAACCCGAAAGAAGGAAAGCAAACGGAGGCCGUGCAGCACAAGUUGGGCAUUUGGUACCAUGGGUCAGGCGCGAGAGCCUCAAACACCUGGUGGUGGUGGCAGGGACUUUGGAGAUCUGAAGAUCCCCAAAACAGUGCGCCUGCUUUGUACCAGACUAGAACCUGUGCUGCUGCCACUGGAACAAAGUCCCUGCAUUGUGGAGAGCCCUACAGUAGUGGUCAUUGUGAGCCAGGUUGCCAGAGGUCAGCUGGUGCAGUUGAUAAGCCAGUCAAACUGGUAGGACACAGCAGUGAGGCUGAAUGGACAUGCAGCGAAUGUGCUGGACCUUCACACAUCAAAGAGUCAGCUGAUCAUACAGGCCUUCACACGGAAAGGCUGGAAUUCCUCCCGAACUCAGUGCGCCUACCAUCCGCCUGUGAUCACAGCCUUUUAGAGCAUCAAAUUGGGACUGGGGCUCCUGCUACCUGCAGCGAGGUGCCGGUUCUGACCCCAGAUCAGGACAAUGGCUACUCUAGUUUGGAGGAAGAAGGUGCCAGUGCAAGGCAACAUAAUAUGAAUGCUGUUUGUGAAUUGUCAGGCCUUGACCGUUCUGCUGCUUCCCAGGCUGGUGAUCAUGGGCACGGAGGAGAGGAGGACAAAUCUACUGGGAAUAUUCAUUGCAAGAGGUUUGAGAACAAAGCCGAGGACAAGGAGGAGGAGAAAGAGCAAAACACAGAGCCGGUGAUUGUACAUGAGGCUUUUCCAGUUCAAUCCACCCCUUACUGUCAGAAUAAGGUCAUUGCUUACAUCAUGGGCAGCCCCUGCAGCGAUGAGUCGGACAUGGAAGACAGCAGUGUUCAGGAAAGCGAUGAGGACGAUGAUGGCUUUGACAGCGACAUCUUGGAUAGCUGUUCUGACUCUUCUGAGAAUUCUGACGACAGUGAUGAUGAGGAUGAAGAGGACGAGGAGGAUUCAGAAUCGGAUGAGCUUGACUCUGAGAGUGAAAGAUUGUGGAAUUCAUUGUGCCAAACCAGGGACCCCUAUAACCUUCGCAACUUCACAGCCCCUAUCCAGACAUCCCGGAACCCUUGUGCAUCUACAUCGAGUUUGUCCCCUUUGGGAUCUCCAGUGGAAGCCGAUUCUCUCUUAUGUUCAUCCCCACUGUCCUCUCCCUCACCUCUGGGAGGAACCCAGAAAGACAUGGAGUCCAGCGAAGAGGCUUGCUCAUCAAUGGACGAAGCAGAGAGUCUGAAACUUUGGAACUCUUUCAGCUGCUCAUCAGAUCCCUACAGUCCCCUGAACUUUCAGGCUUCUGUCAGAACUCUGCAACCAGUCAGACAGCGCUGUAAGUUAGAGACACGGGUUGAGCGUGUGGUCUACAGGAAAGAGGAGGCAGAGGAGAGGAUGGAUAGCGGAUUCUCUGAGGCAGCCACUGUCCAAGGAGUUGUCAGGCUCAAAAAGGUGACUUUCACGGAGGAGGUGGAGGAGUUUUAUGCCAGCAGUGACGAGGAGCGGCGCGGCCCGUGGGAGGAAUACGCCCGUGACCGCUGUCGCUUCCAGCGUCGCGUUCAGGAGGUGGAGGAGAGCAUCAGUUACUGCCUGUCUCCCAGCUUCCGCCUUAGCAUCUUUCAAAGACUUUUUCCUAGUAGCUGAUUAGCAUUUGUUUUGUUUUGUUUGCUUCUUUUGUGGUUAUUUCGCUUGCACGAGACCGCUAUACAUAUCGGAUCUAAUUCAGGGUGAAGAGGAGGGCACGCAAAUGAAAACACAAAGCAUAAAGACUCCCGUGUUGCAGUUUCAUCAGUGUGUUUGGGUCGAACACUUUUUGAGUCAUACAAUCGAGACCCGUUGUUCUAUGGACAGAAGACCAGAGCGAAGUAAAGAAAUUAAGAAUUACUUUAUUAUUAUUAUUAUUAUUAUUAUUAUUAUUAUUAUUAUUAUUAUUAUGUCCAAAAUGGUCUUAAAUGAAAAUGUCACAGUUUUCACAAAAAAUGGUUUCAAACAUCUUUGAAAGAGUUAAUUGGCAGGUAUUGUCUAUGUCUAAAGCCACUAAUGCACUUACUGCACCUCUGAAUAGCUUCUCAAAUGUCCUGUAUUCAACCUCGUAACUACAGUAGUGCAACAGUAUUUAUAUCUUACCCUUUAUAGUGUUCGAAUUUCCUGUUGCCUUCACGUACUACCAGUUUAUUUACGCUGUGUUUAGAUGGGUGGGUUCCCCCUUAAAUGCUUUGGGCAUAACUUUUUCUUCCAAUAUCAUAUUUUCCAUUCUAAUUGUUUUAGAAACAGGAGAUUUUGAUGUAAUUAAUGAUUCAUAACUGGUGGUCAGUAUUUUGUCUGUUGUGCCACAAAUUGUCAAUUUGUAUUGUGCGUUGAUCACAUUUUCCAGUCCCCCCCAAUCGUUUUCAGCAAAAAAAAACAAAAAAAAAAAAAACACUCCACAUAUGCCAAGUCUCUAAUUUCAGGGGACGUCAAUAAUCCAGGGUCAAAUGUCCCAAUCCUUUCUAAAUGCAGCUGUAAAACCUGUUGACUAAUUAACCUUCAAGCCAAAGAUAGCACUCGAGAUCUGUACAGAUCACUCGGCAGAGGCUCCGUGCUGGAGCACAGCACAGCACGUGACUACAGCGUACCGAAGAUACACACAAACGAACACUCGUUUUUAUUUUUUUCUCAGAGUUCAGCUGAUCCGAAGGCAGUAUCUGUUCCUGCAUCUGAAGGCUGGCGGGUCUCAUGCUCAAUAGCCGCAUGGUCCCAUAUUAAGAGUCCAGUUCUAGCUUUCAUUAAUCUUUUAAACCCGCUUGGCUUUCUAGUGCUUAUGAAUCACUGUGGUUGUGUAUAGUGUCUUAAACGAGAGUUCGUGUCUCUGUAGUAUGAACUGUGGCAGCUGUGACCAAGUGGCUGGAUUUAUAUGUAUGACUUAAAAAAAUAAAAAAGGAAAGAAAUGCAGGGAGCUAAA